CGUCCAUCGUUGCUUUAAAUGCCCUUUUUGAUUGAAAAUGACGUGUUAAACUGGCAUGCAAAACUUCCUCUCAAACAGGAAAAAGCUGACCUCCAGCCGCAGGCAUCACCUCAAGGUAAACAAAUCACUCAUAACAGAGAUAUUUUUAACAGCCGAUAUUUUUAUUAUCAUUAAAAUAACAAGUAACAGAAUUCCCUGUAAAGCUGGUUCAUGUUUUCUUUCUAAGUAAUUGAUCCUAUAAAGAGCUGAAAAUGUUAAAAACACCUAUCAAGUCUUUAUUUUCAUCUUUAAAGUGAAUAAGUUUCACCAACAGUUUUAAUCAUAAUAGAAAAAAUCCUUUUAAGCAUCACAUGAAACUACAAGUUAGUGAUGAGCCUUUAAAAUGGAUUUCAAGUUGUUUUAACUUGAUUUUAUCAUCUAUUUUAUUCUUGUAGGACUUUGGAUAAAAUUUAAAAUCACAGUCUGGGAGAACGUAAAUAAAAAAAGAGAUAAUUCAUUUCCUGACAGAACUUUUCCCUGUUGUCCUGCAGAGUCUGAUCCUUCAGAUCGCCCAGAACUGGCUUGAGCAGGAGAAAAAGGACCUCGUUGUAGCCAAGGAGGCCUACAUGGCUGAAAACUGUCCUACUCCUGAUACGAGCGGAGAUCAGGCUGCCCUCAUGGUGAGAGACGAGGAAAAAAUAAUCCAAAUCAUCCAAAGACGAUCCUCAAAAAUGUUUUUAAGACAGAUUAUUUAUUCAGGGAGACCUGCUGUUAGGGACUCGUAUGAAGAAAGAGAUGCUUUAUGUAAGAAUAUAAGAAAGAAGAAAAACAAAGUUUAUCAUAAAUGAAACUUAGAUGUUAAAAUACACUUAAUUUUUAUCGUCAUUUCUUUACAAAUCUGAAAUUGGCGACUUUCUGUUGAUUUUACAAUAUGGGUCCAAAAGACUUUUUUGUAGGUUUAGGCAUGAUACCCAGUUUUGCUGAUCCUAUCUUUGAAAUUUUGUAGAGGGCGCCACUGAGCCGUUUAACUACACUUGCAAACCAAACUUAUACCAAACCUCUUUUCUCUCGACUGGACUUGUGUACUUAUUUUGGCAUCUCUACAUGUGCUGUAAGCUCCUCAAAAGUCGAUUUCCUGUUCGAGCGUGACAAUAAAAGUCUUCAACCAGACAAACAUGUUUACACAAAAACAAAUAUUUUAUAAAGCAAAGUAAAUCUCUGGUUUUCUGUUUAAAUAACAGCAGAUUGUCUCUUUAUUGAUUAAAAAAAAACAUCUUUGUGUAUCUUCAGGAAACUUGCAAGAAGCUCCAGGCUCUCAUUGACAAGGUUGAUGAGGACAGGUACGACGUCGAGGCCAAGGUGUUGAAGGCUGACAAAGAGGUAAAAAUCCUAACAGUCGGGAGGAUUAGGAGCUUCAUCGAGGGGAGGAAACUUAAACUUUCUCUCCUCGCAGAUUGAGGACUUGAAGAUCAAGGUGGUCGAUCUGGCUGGUGUGAAGAAACCCGCUCUGAAGAAGGUGCGUAUGUCCGCUGACACCAUGCUGAAAGCUCUGCUGGGCUCCAAACACACGGUCAACAUGGACCUGAGGGCCAACCUGAAGCAGGUGAAGAAGGAGGUCAAAGAGGAGGUGAGUCUUCGUUUUUUCUUCUUCUCAGCUCUCACAGGUGACGUUUUCUUCUGAAGGCAAAGAGAACAGUGUGUGGAUGUUUUAGACCAAACUUUGGAUUUCAAAUUAAAACGACAAACCGUAACAGUGAUGGUUUAGUAGUUUUAGACACUCUCAGACAGUAUUAAACGAUCAAGAGUUGGUGCUAUGAUAUACUUUGUUCAUGUUAUUGUUCAAAGUUUAAUGUGCUUUCACUGUCAUUGUAUCAUCGUAACUAUAAAAGUGAUAUAAAACUAAUACAUUACAUUUUCUAAAGUUCCUUGAGAAGUUCAAGUUCAAUAUUAAGGUGACAAGAUGGGCCUAUCAGGUUUAAUGGGAUAGAGAAGGCACCAAGAUUAGUCAAUUUGCUUUUCGUGACUUAAGGCGACCAGAUUGGUUCAAUGCAGUAGUUAUUUCAGAAAUGUACCAUUACGUUAGAAUAACGGCACUAAGAUAGGUUGGCGAGCUUCUUUGUUGACUUACGCUAACAUGUUAGCUCUGGCUGGUUUGGCGAAUUAUGGCGACACAGUAAGUCAGUUGGGUUUUGAGAAAACGGGAACAUUUGCUUUACAAACUAUGAAUGUUUUAGAUUUUUAACUCACAAAUACUGUCAACUACUUUUUACAAACUUUAGCCAAACUUCUUAUUUUAUACUCUGCGAAAAAGAUGAAAUAUGGAGCCAUAACGAGCUUUGUAAUUCACCUCCCUGAUUGGAUGACUCCUCUCACUUGUGUUUUACCGUCUUUGUCUGCAGCCCACAGAAGCAGUCGGCGACUGGCGUAAGAACAUCGAGGACAAAGCCGACAGGAAGAAGAUGUUCGAGUCUUCAUAAACCUGUCGCUGCUGUUUUCUCUGUUUGUACGAACUUCACGUGUCUCGAAUGUGUUGGUUUGAAAAU